AUGGGUAACGUUCCUGCUAAGGAGGGUCGCAGUCGAUCCAGCACAUUUUCCGGAACUGGUGCUGAAAUCGUCACCAGAAGUGCUCGAAGAAACACCACAUCUUCAGCAGAUGUCAAGAAACUGCUGAGGAAACUGGAGGAGAAAGAUCGGCUUCGGGAAAAACACUGGCGUGAUUUGGUGGUCCGUCUUCAUGAAAAUGUAGAUGGCGGUUAUCUUGCGCCAUACGGAACCUAUAAAUCCAAUCUCGAUUUUGAUACCGAGGUGGUACGUCGGUUGGUGAUUAAUCGGCAGCUAGCGCCAUUCUACACUCCUCUUAAUGACUUUGAUCCUACGUGGACUACAGAAGAACUUCUCGUCAUUCUCUCGCAACUCCCGCUUCACUCCAUAGAAGAUGCAUAUAGCGACGCGGAACUGGAGGAAGAUGACGUUGAUAACCACAAGAUCCACAAGUCCAACAACUAUUACCGGCGCCAGGAACAAAAACGCAAACUCAAGCACCUGAUGGAAACGGCGAAACAGGCUCAAAAGGAAGAAGAGACAGCACUUCUCCACCAAAAAAUGUUGUUGAAGCAAGGCGGCCAGGUGUCGUCGUCGCUUCCCUCAAAGGACCUUCUUCUCCGGCUUUAUUCCGAUGCUCUGGAAUGCCCCAUCUGUUUUCUUUAUUACCCUUCGAAUCUCAACAUCUCGCGCUGUUGUCUCCAACCCAUCUGCACCGAAUGUUUUGUCCAGAUCAAGCGGCUAGACCCCCAUCCUCCCCACGAUGAUGCACUGAACCAGCCCAAUGGCGACUCGCUUCCUCAUACUCUCAUCUCGGAGCCGGCGCAUUGCCCGUACUGUGCCAUGGCAGACUUUGGAGUAAUCUACGAUCCUCUCAGCGAUUUACGGACCGGUAUCAAUGGAAAAUGCAGCCCUGGAGAAUAUAGGAUGCCAGAGCAUUCCGAUGCCAAAUCAGAUGUUCAAUCUGUUAAAAAACGGCCAAGGCGUAAAUCGAUGGCAGCGACAGAUCCGGGCAUCAUCACCGUCGACAAUAUUCGGCCCGAUUGGGAACAGAAACUCAUCUCGGCCAAAAACAAACUAGCGCGCAAGGCAGCCGCUGCCAGUGCCAUCCACGCAUCCAACUUGAUCUUAAACGGCGACGACUCGCAAACUAGCUCGCAACAGUCUCGGUUACGGCUGCGAAAUUCGGGAGGUCAAACAUACAACACCAUUGAAGAGAGAAUGAUCGAAGAAGCAUUACGGUUAUCGCUAUUAGACGAAGAAGAGCGGCGCAGAAAGGAGCGAGAAAAUCUGCUGAAAGACUAG